GGGGGGGGAAAAGAGAGAAAGAGAGAAGAAAGAAUUGAGCGAACGACCGAGAAAAAGAAAAGCGAGAAUUGGUGAUAAAGCCGAGCGACGGCCCAGCGACCUUCCGUUAACGGAGGGAGAGCCGGGCGCGGCCCCGCGGCCCGCCGAACAGCCGCCAUGAACAGCGUGGGAGGCGCCGACGAGAUCGGAAAACUCUUUGUGGGUGGCCUGGACUGGAGUACAACGCAAGAAACUCUUCGUGGCUACUUCUCCCAGUAUGGGGAGGUUGUAGACUGUGUAAUAAUGAAAGACAAAACAACCAACCAGUCUCGAGGAUUUGGAUUUGUCAAAUUCAAAGAUCCCAACUGUGUGGGAACAGUGCUGGCCAGCAGACCUCACACGUUAGAUGGCCGAAACAUUGAUCCAAAGCCAUGUACACCCAGGGGGAUGCAACCCGAAAGGACACGGCCAAAGGAAGGAUGGCAGAAAGGAUCCAGGAGUGAUAACAAUAAAUCAAAUAAAAUUUUUGUUGGUGGGAUUCCUCAUAACUGUGGCGAGACUGAGCUCAGGGAAUACUUCAAGAAAUUCGGAGUGGUCACUGAAGUUGUAAUGAUCUAUGACGCAGAGAAACAGAGGCCCCGAGGUUUUGGAUUUAUUACUUUCGAGGACGAACAAUCAGUGGACCAGGCUGUCAACAUGCAUUUUCACGACAUCAUGGGCAAAAAAGUGGAGGUGAAACGUGCAGAACCUCGUGAUAGCAAAAGCCAAACUCCAGGGCCCCCCGGUGCCAGCCAGUGGGGAAGCAGGAUCAUGCCAAGCGCUGCCAAUGGCUGGGCAGGGCAGCCCCCUCCGACCUGGCAACAAGGUUAUGGCCCUCAAGGGAUGUGGGUGCCAGCUGGACAGGCAAUAGGUGGAUACGGCCCACCUCCUCCGGGACGAGGAGCUCCCCCACCUCCUCCUCCGUUUGCCUCAUAUAUUGUUUCCACACCUCCGGGAGGAUUUCCACCUCCACAAGGAUUCCCACAGGGCUACGGCACCCCUCCACCAUUUACUUUUGGUUACGGUGCUCCUCCUCCUCCACCUGACCAGUUUGCCCCACCUGGAGUCCCCCCUCCACCUGCCACUCCAGGGGCAGCACCACUAGCUUUUCCUCCACCACCGCCGCCAUCUCAGGCAACUCAGGACAUGAGCAAACCCCCAACUGCUCAGCCAGAAUUCCCUUACAGUCAAUUUGGGUAUGGACAAGACUUGAGUGGUUUUGGACAAGGUUUCUCUGAUCCCAGCCAGCAGCCCCCUCCCUACGGAGGCCCCUCGGUGCAGCCCUCCAGCGGUCCGCCUGCAGGAGGAAGCGGUUUUGGACGAGGACAGAACCAUAACGUGCAAGGAUUCCACCCCUACCGGCGCUAGCAGCGCUGUGCUGGCAAUCAGGGAAUUCUGCCCACGUGGAUGCCUGGCACAGCAGGACCCAGGGAUCCCAGACUUCUGAACUUGUGACAAUCACAUACUUGAUGGAAGAAAAACCUAACAACGUUUUUUUUUUUUGUUUUUUUUUUUUUGGGGGGGGGGGUGGGGGAAGAUGGCUUCUGAAGGCAAAGCUGUGGGUGUUUGGACUGCAGUUUUUAAACAUUUUCCUUUCUCUUAACCCAUCAGCACAAAUAAAGAAAAUGUCACUGGUUCAAACUA